GCCUCCCAACUCUCUUACGACGCACUUUACGCACUGGACACGAGAGCCCACGUAAUCUUCGGCUGGACGCGUAUCGCACUAUGAUUCGCCGGGCUGCUCUCUGCGUACCUUCGCCCUCAUUUUAUCGCAUUUCGGCAACAGGUUACCAUAAAAAUGUGAUCGAUCAUUAUGAAAAACCUCGGAAUGUUGGUUCUCUGGAUAAAAGUGAUAAGUCCGUCGGGACUGGACUCGUCGGAGCUCCUGCUUGUGGUGAUGUUAUGAAGUUACAGAUUAAGGUCGACGAUGAAGGACGCAUUGUAGAUGCCAAAUUCAAAACUUUCGGUUGUGGAUCCGCGAUCGCCUCGAGUUCACUGGCCACCGAGUGGAUAAAAGGCAAGACAGUGGAGGAGGCAAGCUUGGUUAAGAACAGCGACAUCGCAAAAGAACUGAGACUUCCACCAGUGAAGCUUCAUUGUUCCAGUAAGCCACUACGGCACGACAAUUCGAUUCCUUCUGGCAUGUUAAGUUCGCUACCAGCACAGUCCGGUUUGCGUCCGACGGUGGACCGAAACUAGUCCCAUGUGUGAUAUUUUCCGCAACUCUUCGGACGCUCGAUCCGAAUUCCUUGGCGCUUCCUCACGCACAUACUUCCUUUCACCUCCUUUAUGUGCCGCAAUUACCGCGGUAUAUCCAGUGCUCGCGGAAGAUGCCAUUCGGGCCGCGCUGAACGAUUUCAAGCGAAAGCAGGAAGACAAAUAACUUCACAUUUCAUUCUAUUGUCUAAGUGCGCCCAGUACUCCUUCAUCUUUCAUCCACUGCGCUCGCUGAUCAUCAUUUAUUUGUUUGUAAAAUGCAGUUACAGUCUACGUUGCUUGUACUCGUAGUGUGUAUAUGCUUGUGAUUCUUAUUGAUUUCUCCUCACAAGCACACAAUUUGUUCACUGUAUCGUAUCGUUUGGACACUAAAACGCACGCUCUGCUAGUCCGCUGCUACAAUGAAGUUUGAGCAGAUAUUAUUAUUUGAUGAAGCGAUUUUCCAAACGCUGUCUUCCCAUCUUCAUGUGAAUGCGUCAUAAGAAUUUCAUUGCUGUUCAAAACACAAUGAAAUUUCGGUGCUAUUUUGUCUAUCUUUUUGCGGUAUUCUUAAAUGAACGGCUAGAAUCAGUAAUUGCCCGGAUACAGAUGUUGCUAAAUGAUCCACUAUCCACAACAUUCUCUUCUGCUUGACGUGAGAUUUAAUUGCGGUUGAUAGCAAAUAACCAUACUCCAUAGGCUGCCUAAGUCAAAAUUUUGUUUAACGACACUAAUGGUUACCUUCCUACUGCAAAUGCAGCCAGCAUACCAGAG